AUGGGAGAUCAACCGUUGACCAAAGCAGAUCUUGAGGGUAUUUCGGAGGCUUUAACCACGAACCUCACUGCUUUGAGGAAUCAGAUGGCGGCGUUAACGACUCAAUUAACAGCUUUUACCAAUCAAGUUGUUAACGCAGGGCAAAGAGAUAGGGGAAGAGAACCAAUUAGGGUUCAACAGGGCAGAAACAAUCGUGCCGCAGAGCCAGUUAGGGUUCAACAUGGUGGAAACAAUCGUGGUGUUAAUGUUGAAAUCUCUAGUUCUGAUGAUGAAGAUCUUGAGGACGAAGAAGAAGCUGAUCAAGAGAAUCGACAAAACAAUCAUGAUUAUAGAGUAAAGGCUGAUAUUCCAUUGUUCUAUGGAACUAUGGGAGUGGAGGAGUUUCUGGAUUGGCAGAUUGAUGUUGAUAGAUUCUUCGAUGUGAUGGGUGUUCCUGAGAGCAAACAAGUUAAGAUGGUAGCAAUCAGGCUGAAGAAAACUGCUGCUGUAUGGUGGGAUAAACUUGUUAUCCAAAGACAAAGGCAAAGAAAAGGACCAGUCAAGACUUGGCGUAGAAUGAAGCAGUUGAUGCUUGAUCGGUUCUUACCAGAAGACUAUGAGCAGAUUCUCUACAAGAUGUAUCUCGAAUGUGUUCAAGGUAAACGAACAGUGACAGAGUACACAGCUGAGUUUGUGCGUUUCUCUGAACGCAAUGAUCUAGGAGAGACAGAUAAUCAAAAGGUGGCUAGAUACAUCAGUGGUUUAAGAAGCUCUAUACAAGAGAGAAUUGGUUUGCAGACCGUAUGGACUGUGCAAGAGGCUUCUAGUUUAGCUUUGAAGGCUGAGCUAAUGGAGAAGUCAACUCGCAAUUUUGGAAGCAAGUGGAUGGUAUUGUUCGCGCAGGGAUCUGCGUAG